UUAUUUAAGAAGAAAACAAUUGUUUACAUUGAAGAGAUUGCAGAACAGGAAAUAUUAGUUAGACCUGAUUAGCAUGUGCAGUUACAUAAAUAAAUAAUUUUCUAGACCUAAAGCAAAAACAGACGUGCUUAAACUAUUGCCUACUUGAGUUCCAUUGGCUACUAGUUUUGAUCAAGUGGUGGAUUAUCUUAUUUUAUUCCGUUUUGUUUUCUCAGUUAAUUAUAAUUUAUAACCAACUAACCUAGUGGGUAUAUUAUUUUAUUCAAAUGGUCUACUGUUUUUUUAGUUUGUGGGCUUAUUUUAAUUCGUUUGAUUCAAAAUUUUAUUAUGUGAAAAAGUCUAAAAGGGCAUGCAAUAAAAAUCUAGCUGGAAACGCGUUGCAAUUUGCUAGUUUUUAUGCUCCUAGUGGGAUAUGAUACAACGAACGAACCCAUAUGCCGGUCUUUAAUAGCUCUAUUCAUUCAUUUUCUUUUUAAAAUUGUACAAAAUCAAAUAAUAGAAAAAACUAUAACCACUUAUAUUAUAAAUCACAAAAUCGUCACUAAUUAUCGUUAUAUCCUCGUAUAAUACUACAAUAGCUCCUAGUGGGGAUUUCUAGAAAAACCAUGACCCAGUGGUCAAUGUUUCAAUUUUUUUUAUACCAGAUGUUUAAAUUUCCAGAUGAUAUAAUUUAUUUAAGAUAAUUGAACGUAAAGUAUCGGAGAUUUCACAAUGUUGCAACAAAACUAUUCGUUGUGAUAAAAUGCUGUAAUAAGCAGUACGUAACUAUGUAUGUAGUUCAGUAGUUUAUUUUUUUUGGGGUAAAAAUGUAGUUCAGUAGUUGGAGAUAGUAUUGGCAUGAAAGAUGUUGUAAAUGUAGAACUAGUUUACACCAUACAAUAAUAAAAAAAUAAAAUUAUAUAAUGAUGCAUAGGUGUAAGAAAAUUAAAAAAAUAAUAGGAACAUCGGUUUAUUAAUAACCUAGAAGCAUGAUUAACCCGAACUUUUAAUUUGAGGUUCUUAACUCGUGAUUUGAUAUUUUUGUUUUUUUUUUUACAUUUUUCGGUUAAGAGUCGGCUCUUAUAUCUCUUAUUUAAGAGUCGGUUCUUAGUUUUUCUUCUGAUAACUCGGGUUAAUUACGGGACCUUUGACGUUCCAGCAAAUCUACCUACACAUGCAAUUAUGCUAACUAACAUACGUACGUACAUACAUCAUUCAAAUGGGCCGAGAGAGAGAGACUUUAAACAAAUUGGCCGGAAUCACCUAUUUUACUAGCGGGCUUUCGAAGAAGCUCGGGCCGAUUUGUUAAACCGGUCCAGUAUCUAAUCCUGGGUCGGCAAAAUCCAAAACCAAACCGAAACAAUCAACACGCUGCGAUUUUCUCCACACUUAUAAAAAGGUUCACUUCAAAAAUCUUGCGGGAGCGAGCGACGAGAACACAGCAGCGGCCGUCAAUGGAUCCAUCGCCGAACACUAACGAAGCGUUGACGGAGACGCGUUUCUCCGACCUAAAACCUCCACUAUCCGAAGAUAUCAUCGAGGCGCUUCUCCGGUCCGGACCCCCCGGUUUCGAGUUCUGUACUCCGGUUCAGGCCGCGACGAUCCCUUUACUCUGCAGCCAUAAGGAUGUCGCCGUCGACGCCGCCACCGGUUCUGGAAAAACCCUGGCUUUCGUCCUCCCUUUAGUAGAGAUUCUCCGUCGUUCCACUUCUUACCCGCCGAAACCUCACCAGGUUAUGGGGGUGAUUAUAUCGCCAACGAGAGAGCUAUCAACGCAGAUAUAUAACGUGGCGCAGCCCUUUGUUUCGACUCUACCAAAUGUGAACUCUGUGCUGCUUGUUGGAGGCCGAGAUGUGAGAGCUGACAUGAAGAUUAUAGAAGAAGAAGGAUGCAAUCUCUUAAUCGGCACGCCUGGGAGGCUCUCUGAUAUAAUGGAACGAAUGGAUAUUCUUGAUUUCAGAAAUCUUGAGAUACUUAUCUUAGAUGAGGCAGAUAGGCUUUUGGAGAUGGGAUUCCAGAAGCAGGUGAACAGCAUUAUAUCUCGCUUGCCAAAGCAACGUAGGACUGGCCUCUUUUCAGCUACACAGACAGAAGGCGUCGAGGAGAUGGCCAAGGCUGGGCUUAGGAACCCUGUGAGAGUCGAAGUUCGAGCUGAGUCAAAGUCGGCAUCAUUGACGAACUCGAAAAUACCUUUUGGUCUGCACCUUGAGUAUUUGGUAUGCGAGGCAGAUAAGAAAUCAUCACAACUAGUGGAUCUCCUCGUCCGGAAUAAAAACAAAAAGCUUAUAGUCUACUUCAUGACUUGUGCUUGUGUUGAUUACUGGGGACUCGUUCUUUCAAAAAUCCCUGCCCUGAAGUCCAUUUCUUUAAUUCCUAUCCAUGGGGAUAAGAAGCAGAAUGCAAGAGACAAGGCGUUGGCUUCGUUUACUAAAGCAUCAAGCGGUGUCCUUUUGUGCACUGAUGUCGCUGCACGUGGACUUGACAUUCCAGGCAUUGAUUACGUAGUUCAGUAUGAUCCACCACAAGACCCAAAGAUGUUCAACCAUAGGGUUGGCAGAACUGCAAGAUUGGGAAAAGAAGGAAGGUCCAUUGUUUUUCUACUGCCUGAGGAAGAAGACUAUGUAGAGUUUAUGCGGAGAAGAGGAGUCUUUUGUCAAGAGAAAAAAUGUUCUGAGGAAGCAUCCGAUGUCAUCCCGAUUAUACGUUCACUAGCCAUGAAGGACCGGGCAGUGUAUGAGAAGGGAAAAAGGGCAUUUGUUUCCUUUGUCCAUGGUUAUAAGGAGCAUGAAUGCUCUUACAUUUUAAGAUGGCAAAGCCUUGAAAUCGGAAAGUUAGCCAUGGGAUAUGGACUCUUACAUGUUCCAUCAAUGUCUGAAGUGAAACAAAAAAGACUGUCCAGUGAGGGUUUCUCACCCGUUGAAGGCGUCCUCAAGUUUGAAGAUAUAAAAUUCAAGGACAAGUCUAAGGAGAAGCAAAGAAAGCAAAACUUACAAGCAAAGAAAGAGAAGCUGGAAGAUAAGAAAAGAGAGAGAGACAAGAAAAACUCGAAAAAGGCGGUUAAUGCUUCUUCUGCUACGGCAGAUUCUAAGAAAAGAAAGCUAACAGGAAAGCAAAGACAAACCAUCCAAACAGCUGAAGAUGAAGAAGAGAUGGCUCGAGAUUACCGGUUACUGAAGAAACUGAAGAAAGGUUCAAUUGAAGAAGAUGAUUUUGCUAAACUUACAGGAGCUGAUGACUUUUAAUCUCAUGAGAAGAAACACAAAACUUUUAGAGUUUUGAGCAAAAACAUCUCCCUUUUUUUCGUCCCAGGACAUAAUUAAUAGUAGUACAAGUAUCUCUUAUAUAUAAGAAAGUGUUUUUGCAUC